UUUGCAGGUUGUAAACAUUACUUCAUAUCUGCGCCACGUACAGUCUGGUUAUUCUCCUCCCGGUGGUGCCAUGGCUUGCAGUAUAUAGACACACACCAGCCCUGUUGACGGUGUAGACCAGCUGGUGAAGUGAACACCGAGUGAACACCGAGUGAACAUAGUGGUGUUCUGAUAAUCAAUUGACUGCUUCAAGCCACCUGGGACGACCAUCGAAGGGCGACGCCCAUAACCAUCACCUGGUCUCGUCUCCCUCACACCUCACAAGUCCUGUCACCUCAUACCCGGCAGAAGAAUAUGCAGAACAAGGACAAAGAAAAGGGUUUGGUGUGGGGUUUGCUGGAUACUGUGGGUGAUGUCAAUGAUGGAGUAAAACAAACGGUAGCGGGAUCCCUGAUUACUGUGGGUCGUCAACAUCCUGCUUCAGUCCUCUUAUGUGUCCACAAGUUCAUUACAAGCCCACAGACAGCUCCAAAAGUUCAAGUACAAUGCAUAUUGUACAACAUAGCUGAGAACAUAAUGCGUGAGUGUGGGGAGAAAAUUGAAGAUGAAGAGGUAAUCGUCAUGUGGGUAGAGGGAGGCCUGAAGCUGCUGACCCUGCCGGCGGUAGCCCCUGACCUUCAAGAAGCUGCCUCGGGCAUGAUGGUGGCUCUUGCCACAAACUCCAGGCAUUGUAAUACUGUGAUGGAAAGUUUAGUAACUCAAAUCCAGACUGGAAUCAUACCAUCACAGAGUAUUGUUGAAACUCUUGGAGCCUUGGCUGCUGGUAAUGUCAGAGGAACUGUACCAUACCUUAAGGUCUUACUUGGACUGAUUGUCGGUUGUCUUCCACAAGUGAAACAAGACGGUCUCAAGAUUGCAUUAGCUACUAUGCUCAGCAAGUUCUCGGAAGCCAUUUUAGAGGCCGUGGAAAAUAAGGAUCCCGAUCCUAAUAUUUCGGUGAAUUCCUACAUGACGGAAAGUGCAGCAGUGUUUGAAUCAUUAGUUCAUCUUUGGCUGAAAAGCUCAAAUGCAGGAGUUAGGCAAGAAACAGUAGUGUGUCUUGGUCACAUGAGCCAUCUUCUCUCCAAAGAGAAGCUUGAAGAACUGGCAGGCUUGGUAAUGACGACUAUUCUAUCACUGUACCGCAAGACCACCUCUCCCUAUAACCUUACCUUGUCAUUAGCAUUAAUAAUAGAUGCCAUGCUGAAAAAUCGCCUUGCUGAACCCAUGAGGUUUCACGUUGACAAUUUACUAAGUACUUUAUUCAGCCAAGUAUGCAUUACACCAGACUAUGGAGAACCACUCACUGUUAAAAACCAUUACGAGGUACUGCGUUGUUAUGAACUCCUUGGGAAGAACUACCCUGCAAAUGUGAUGAAUCAUCUUAUCCAGAGACUUGAGAAUGCCAGUCACAUGCAGCGAGUUGGAGCUCUUAUUGUGACUAAACAUCUCGUAAAUAGUAAAACUCUUGGCACAGACAAUGUUUCAAGCUUGGUGUCUGCAUUAGGUGCCAUUCUUACUGAUCCAAACAGCAAGGUGGUGAAGAAUGUGACACAAGUCGUCAUUGCAUUGUGCCACAAUAACCAUCUUACUGCACAUUCAGGUGCUCCUUUCAUCACAUACUUGGUUAAACAUUCUGCCUGUCUUUCUACACCCCAAACUCGACGACCAUCUCUGGCCGAGCCAGAUAGAGAAUCGGUGGGCGAAGUCAGCCGGCGAGCGCUCCAUCUGCUGGCCACAACUGUUGAGGCUGCCCACCCCAUAUUAUGGCCACAUUUAUUGAAUUUUGUGUGUAGUUCGGAAUAUGAUGCCAGUCUUCCCAUAACUAUAGGUUGCCUAGCACACUUGGCUAACCACUAUGCAUCAUUUAAUGAAGAGCACCCAAUACUUGUAGGGCCUCCAGGGCCCCCUACUGCUCCAGUCUUACUCUCGCGUUUAUUGGUGUUAAGCUGUGUGCCGGCUGAUGCAGUUGUCGGAGUGGCAGCUCUUAAACUUCUGCAGGGCCUUGCACCUCAUGUUGGCCCCAGUGUUGUGGAACUCUGGAACCAACACCUCCCACAGCUAUUAUCAACAUUACAAGACCUUACGGACAAGGUUGAUGCUGAGCCUGCCGCCAUGCAGAUGUGGCACGAUUCGCUGAGAGAUUUUCUAGCUUCAACUAUCACUCACAUCAACAAUGAAGAAUACACUAUAAACAUUGCAAAAGCUCAGAUGGACCAGCUACAUCUGUAUGACAAGCAGCAGGCUCAGCUGUGCUUCUUGAUGUCCCUUGUAGGCGUGACUCUUAAGCAAGUCACCAAUGAAAAUUUCAUUGCUACCACUCUGGACUGUCUCUUCAAUGCAACAUGUCACAAGUCAGCUAUUGAACGAGAGAGUUUGGCUUUGUGUGUGGGGACGACAGCUGCCUCUCACAUUGACCUUGUUCUGACUCGUAUCGAUAUGUGGCUUAAGUCAUCAGAUCCUACUAAGAGACCAAUGUCUUUCUUUCAUUUGAUUAAGCAGGACACCCGAAUUGACGAGUCUUCUUGGGUUCGCGCAGGCUUGGUGCUGUGUCUUGGCCAGAUUGCUACUCUGGCAUCUCCUGCCGAAAUUGGCAGUAGAGUUGACGGCCCCAUCAUGCUCCAUCUUCUUAACAUCAUCAACAGUAAUAAGAGUGAUAUCGUGAAUGAUGCUGUCCUGCAUGCGGUCAGUAAUAUUGCUCGGGCCCUCGUUCGGCUGCCUAGUUUCAAGCUUCGCCAGCGUCCUUUGCUCAUCACACAUCUCGUCAACACUGCCAAGAUUGAUAACAUCCCGCAUCCUGUUCUGGCUAGCGUCCUUCAGGGACUUCGAGAUCUUGUAGCCCUUGAACCUGAAUUAAAUGUGGAGGAAAGAACAAUUAUCCUGCAGGCAGCGUUGACUGCUACUCUCCCACGCUUGUCUCACGCAGAUAAUGUGGACUCCUACCUCACCAAGUGUUGUGCUCAGCUUAGUGUUCUCAUCAGAACAAUAAUACAAAAAGACACCAAUCCUGCCACCCUGGAUGAUGUAACGACGUUGCUUCAGUCGUGGACAAUUGCCCCGACUGAACUGAUCAGGAUAAAGUGUGUUGAACUCCUUCAUGCAGCAUUGCGAACAUAUUAUGAUCAUCUGGCCUUAACAAUCGAGGGUCCAACAAACUUCAACCAGACGUGUCAUCUUCUAGCAUUCCUAACUCCUCGUGUAGCGGAUCCUUGCUCUCAAGUGCGGACUCAGGCCGUUGGGAGUGUGUUUAUGGUGCUGCGAAUAGCUGGCCGCUACAACGGGUUGACACCUGACCACGCUGAUGAUGAUCUUGAACUCUUAAAGACAGCAGAGGAGCAAAUAUCUGUUGAUGAUCCGCAGAGGAUUGACAACCUGGUGAAGGAUGUUGGGAAGGUGAUGAGCAACAAGCUUUCAUUUGUCCAACUGCGCUCCUUCUUGUCAAGUGUGGUUGUAGGACUGCAAGACCGGCUGGGUGACUCCUCGGCAGGUGUAGCCCUGGUCAUUACUACAGUAUUUACUCUUCGUGGACAUCAACUUCAUCAGCACAUCAAGGAAUUAUUAGAUUGUAUAUUUAACAGAUUGGAGAAAGUUACGCACAAGGAGACAAGACGGAGAACAGUGGAGGCUCUGACCCGUCUGUCUUCCCACAACCUGAGCUUGGUGCUGGAUACCAUGCUUACGUAUCCACUUCCAUAUGAAAGGGGUGUAUGUGAGACAUGGCGUAAUUUGGGCCAUGACCCAAAGCUUUGCGAGUCGACAAUAACUCUCCUGACACAAAUUCUGGAGCGCACACAGUUGUAUUCAGAACAGCCAACUACUACUGAUGCUACUGUCAAGAUUGCAACACUCCCACCAUUAUCUGCUAUCUGUGGCCUGAGAGAGCUGAUGCAUGAUUUAAGAAUGCACAGGGAACAUACUGAUGGUGAUUAUGAAGAUGAUGACUGGGAGAGAAUUGAUGGGAGUGAAGCCAUGGAACACACACAGCCCCAGCCCCAACCCUUGCCUGCAUCACAGCAGAUCAUAAGUGACAACUUCCCAUCGUUGGCAGCAUUACUUCUGCUCUCGUACGGCUCGUAUGUUGGGGUCGUUGCUCCCCUCCAUCAGACUGCCCAUGCAAACUCCAAAAGUGCCUUCAACUUUAUUCCUAACAGAGGAGCAACAUCCCUUGUUCCUACUAAGAUUGUUUUGAAGUGUCUUCAAUCAUUAGUGGAUGUGAUAGAGUGCAACUCACUCUGUAAUGUGUUGGGCUCCAAGAUUAGAGAUGAAAAUGACGACACACUUGAGAUUUUCCUUCACACACUGUCUGAAAUUAUUGCGAUGUUGGUACUUGAAUCUCCUAAAAAUAUUGUGAAAUUGGUUAGUUUUUUGGAUACUCAGCAUGCACACGAGAUGCAGAGAGUUACGGUGGCAGUGAUCUUUGCUCAGUUAAUAGCAGAGAAAUGUGGUGGAAAUUAUGAACUAUUGGAGAACAUUACUAAUGGCUUAUUAUCAAGACUGAACGACCGCUCUGUGCACGUUCGGCGAUUGGCAGUACGAGGCUUGGCCAACUUUGCUCAUCUUCAAAAUGAUCAAUGCUUUUUCCCUCAAUGGCUUUGGGUGUCGGAAAAGUUAACAGAGAUCAUAACAGCUCUGGUGGAAGCAACGGACCAGCGUGACAGCUGUGGCUCGGAUGGAACUGGACUAGAAACACAGGUAGCUCUCGAGGCCUUGAGGGGACUUGCUGCUCUCCUCCCACGUCUCCCACAGGAAACUGUGCUUCAGCACACGCCUACGCUCCUAAUCAGGAUCAGACUCUUCUCAGAGAAAUCAUCGGGUGAAGUGCGUGAAGCGGGCUUGGGCGUUUUACGGGGUUUGGCUGCAUCAGUUGGAGGCACCGAAGAGUUCCGAGAACAACUCCAUCUGCAUCUGCUGGCAUCUUUAAUUCAUUUAGCAGAUCCUCAUCAUCCAACAGUUGUGAUGUGCAAGAGUGCGCUGCAGGCACUAGGUCCCCACCUGGGCUCGGAGGCAAUGAAUUCAAUGUUCCAGAAUCACCUGAUCCCUAGUGGUGUUUUAAAUUAUCAGCAGUUUAUUACUGAUCUCACUAAACAUAUGGUAACAGAUUUGAAGGAUCACAUGGGGUUCUUCAUUCAAGCUACGUCUGCGUAUUUCAAAAGUUCAGAACCUUCUCUACGUCGAGCUGCGGCUCUUCUGAUAGGUAACCUUGUGUAUAAUUGUGAGAGGAGUGAAGAGGUAAAUGUAUCGUCAGUGAGUCAUGGCCUACUCCACCUUCUCCGUGAUCCAGAUCCCUCAGUGAGAACUGCCGCUGCAAUUGCUAUUCCUCUUAUUUAUAAACAUAAUCAUUAGUGCAAGCAAAAGGUGGAGAAUUUUUGCAUAAAUAGUCUUUUUGCAAAUUUCAAUGUUCCUUCUAAUGUAUUGCCUUGAAAUUAUUUUUAACUGAUAACAUAUAAACAAAUUAUAGAAAGUUUAUUAUCAAAUCCUCACAGCCUUUUCUUGUUUAAUUCUAUAAUUUUCUUUGCUUUCUCUUUUUGAUGUACACAGUCACAUACGGAAACUGAUAAUAUUUAUCACAAAUACUAUACGUGCACUUUAAUAAUGGGUUGAAAUAUUGUUGCAACUGAAGCUUGGAUAAAGACGGGCACGUCUGCCGCUGACUGGAGCGUGUUAUCCUUACCUUACAGUUGUUAGGUGCACCAGAUUUAAGGCAUUGUUAAUAAUAAUUGGAGUUCCUUUGUUUAUGUAGGUUGUUGUUUAUGUAUAGAGUCUAUCGCAACCCGUUCUCGCAAAUUCGUAAAGUCAAUAUUGACUUAUUAAAUAAGUGCAUAGGUGACAUACUAAACAUAAUAAUAGAUACCCUUAAAAAGCUUCAUAGAAAACACCGAC